CGUCGGGCACCAGGGGCGUGUCCGAGGGGCGGGCCGUGUCCCGGGGGCGAGGCGUCGGGCGCCCUAAGCGGAACUGCGGGGGGUUCUGCCUAGGCCGUCGGGGUCCGUGCGGGGUCGCGGCGCGGCCGGGACUCGGGGAAACGCCGGACACUGCCUCGCGCCCUUGGAAAGCCGAGCCUUUGUGUCCCUGUGGGUUCUGCCCGGACUUCGGUGCGAUGGAGCCCCAGGCGGGUCUCCGCGUCCUCCUGUGCCUGGCACUCUGCGGCCUGGGCGGCGCGCGCGGGGUCUGGAGCAGCGGCAACCAGGAGUGGAAGAAACUAAUCAUGGUUCACCACUGGCCCACGACAGUGUGCAUGGAAGUUGGAAACAGCUGUAGUGCCCCCCCAGAUUACUGGACGAUACACGGCUUGUGGCCUGAUAAAAGUGAAGAGUGUAACCGAUCCUGGCACUUUAAUCCAGAAGAGAUCAAGGACCUACUGCCGGACAUGAAGAUGUACUGGCCGGACCUGCUGCACUCGUCCCGUAACCGCAGCCUCCACUUCUGGAGGCACGAGUGGGAGAAGCACGGGACGUGCGCAGCCCAGCUGGACGCCCUCAACUCCCAGAAAAAGUACUUCGGCAAGAGUCUGGGUCUGUACAAGGAUCUCGCCCUGAACAGCAUACUCCAAAAACUGGGGAUAAAGCCAUCUAACAAUUCCUACCAGAUUAGAAGGGCCUGUUCUUGGACUUCACGCAGCGGGGACCAUACGUGCCUGCGGUUUCACAGAGGGAAAGGAAAGUUUUCCAAAAUGCCGAUUGCACAGUUGCUGGAGCUAUGGAAGAAGAUAGAGGUGGAGCCCAUGGAAACAGAGACCACCGAGGAGGAUCUGAACCUGGACUCAGAGCCCACCGUAGAAGACACUGCAGAAGAAGGCAAGUAUGAGACGGCUCAGCCUGAGACCAAGUCAGCUGCGGCAGGAGAGGAGGUUUAUUCUGAAAUAGACAACAGAUCGGAGGAGUCCCGCUACGUAGCCAGGGCUGGCAUCUCUGCUCUACCUGAGGACGGCGGCCCACUCUCCAUCAGUAUCUGUUUGUGGGCCCUUGAUCUGCACCCUCUGAGCACCAGUGGUGCCGUCCCAACGAGACAGGAAGAAGGCGUCGUGAAGGAGAUUGACAUCAGUCAUCAUGUGAAAGAAGGGUUUGAAAAGGCCGACCCCUCCCAGUUUGAGCUGCUGAAAGUUUUGGGACAAGGAUCCUAUGGAAAAGUGUUCCUGGUGAGGAAGGUCAAGGGGUCCGACGCCGGGCAGCUCUAUGCGAUGAAAGUCCUUAAGAAGGCCACCUUGAAAGUUCGAGACCGAGUCAGAUCGAAGAUGGAGAGAGACAUCUUGGCAGAAGUGAAUCACCCGUUCAUUGUGAAGCUUCAUUAUGCCUUCCAGACAGAGGGAAAGCUCUACCUGAUUCUGGACUUCCUGCGCGGAGGGGACCUCUUCACCAGGCUCUCCAAAGAGAAGUCUCACAAGAUGCACAGAGAAGAAAUCUGUUGUCCUUGGAAGACCUUAAGACAACGGACCCUCCCCCAGACCCCCGUGGAGCUCUGGACCUGCCGCCGCCCUCUGUUUCCUACCCUGUGCCGAGCGGAUGGAACAGAAGGUUGGCUCCUGGUGAUGUUCACCGAGGAGGACGUCAAGUUCUACCUGGCUGAGCUGGCCUUGGCUUUGGACCACCUGCACGGUCUGGGGAUCAUCUACAGAGACCUGAAGCCAGAGAACAUCCUGCUGGACGAAGAGGGACACAUUAAGAUCACAGAUUUUGGGCUGAGUAAGGAGGCCAUCGACCAUGACAAGAGAGCAUACUCGUUCUGCGGGACCAUCGAGUACAUGGCGCCCGAGGUGGUGAACCGGCGGGGCCACACGCAGAGCGCGGACUGGUGGUCCUUCGGCGUGCUCAUGUUCGAGAUGCUCACGGGGUCUCUGCCGUUCCAGGGGAAGGACAGGAAGGAGACCAUGGCCCUCAUCCUCAAAGCCAAGCUGGGCAUGCCGCAGUUCCUCAGCACGGAGGCCCAGAGUCUGCUGAGAGCCCUCUUCAAACGGAACCCCUGCAACCGACUGGGUGCUGGCAUCGACGGCGUGGAGGAGAUCAAGCGACACCCUUUCUUCAUCACCAUAGACUGGAACAAGCUGUACAGGAAGGAGAUCAAACCGCCCUUCAAGCCGGCAGUGGGCAGGCCGGAGGACACCUUCCACUUCGACCCCGAGUUCACGGCGAGGACGCCCACAGACUCGCCUGGCGUUCCCCCCAGCGCCAAUGCUCACCAUCUGUUCAGAGGAUUCAGUUUUGUGGCCUCCAGCCUGGUCCAGGAGCCCUCACAGCAAGAUCCGCACAAAGCCACAGUUCACCCCAUCGUGCAGCAGUUACAUGGGAACAACAUCCACUUCACCGACGGCUACGAGAUCAAGGAGGACAUCGGGGUGGGCUCCUACUCCGUGUGCAAGCGGUGUGUACACAAGGCCACGGACGCCGAGUACGCUGUGAAGGAAACAUCCCCGGAAGCCAGUGAGUCAGAGCUGCGGGAAGGCAGAUUGCUGUCUGCAGGGACGUCUGUGAGCAAAGUGAACAGGAAGAUCAUCGACAAGAGUAAAAGGGACCCCUCGGAAGAGAUCGAGAUUCUCCUGAGGUACGGCCAGCACCCGAACAUCAUCACCCUCAAAGACGUCUACGACGACGGGAAGUCUGUGUACCUGGUGAUGGAGCUGAUGCGGGGCGGGGAGCUCCUGGACCGCAUCCUCCGGCAGAGGUGCUUCUCAGAGCGGGAGGCCAGCGACGUGCUGUGCACCAUCACCAAGACCAUGGACUACCUCCACUCACAGGGGGUGGUUCAUCGAGACCUGAAGCCCAGCAAUAUUCUAUACAUGGACGAGUCUGGAAACCCCGAAUCCAUCCGAAUCUGUGACUUCGGGUUUGCCAAGCAGCUUCGAGCUGAGAACGGGCUGUUAAUGACCCCCUGCUACACGGCCAACUUCGUUGCCCCCGAGGUCCUGAAGCGCCAAGGCUAUGACGCAGCGUGCGACAUCUGGAGUCUGGGGAUCCUGCUCUAUACCAUGCUGGCGGGCUUUACCCCUUUCGCAAAUGGACCGGAUGACACGCCGGAGGACAUCCUGGCGAGGAUCGGCAGUGGAAAGUACGCCCUCUCUGGGGGAAACUGGGAUUCCAUAUCCGAUGCCGCAAAGGAUGUCGUCUCCAAGAUGCUCCACGUGGACCCUCAUCAGCGCCUGACGGCUGUUCAAGUCCUGAAACACCCGUGGGUUGUGAACAGAGAGUACCUGUCCCAGAACCAGCUGAGCAGACAAGACGUCCACCUGGUGAAGGGAGCGAUGGCCGCCACCUACUUCGCUCUAAACAGAACACCUCAGGCCCCGCGGCUGGAGCCGGUGCUGUCGUCCAGCCUGGCGCAGCGCCGGGGCAUGAAGAGGCUCACGUCCACGCGGCUGUAGCGGAGCGGGACCUGCCGCGCACCCCGGGCUCGGGGCCGCCACCUGGCCGGCCACCAGCAUCGCUGCUGCGGCCGGCGCCCGGCUCGCGCGCGCUUGCUUGUUCAGCCCGGAGAGGGUCCGGACGAGGGGCCUCCCGGCACCCGGCCGCGCCAACCUUGCCGCCUCCGCCCCGCAACGCCGGGCGGAGCCCCUCCACCGCAGACCGCGCCCGACGCCCCGCGCCCCGCCGGCCUUUCGCUGUCCUGCCUUGCGUUUAUGUGGAGAGAGAGCGUUUCCAGUGGUACAGUCGGUAGCGUGGUCGGGCUUCCGGCACGCGUGCGCCGGGGGUCCCGGGGAGAAGGCCGAGCCCUGGGAGGGCUGGCCCCUGUGGCUGCGUCCUUGCCCGCGGGCAGAGCGACCGGCGGCACCGGGCACCCAGGAGCAGGCGCCCCCCCCCCCAUGAUCCAAAGAGCCCUUGUCUCGUCGCACCCCCGCUUUGGGCUGAGGCCCCAGUGCUCUCCCCCGUCGCAGAGCUCAGUGGGGCGAGGCCACCCCAGAACCGGGGGCGGCAUCGUCUCACGAGAAUCGUUCGUGUCCCCAGGAGGGAGCCAGCGAAAGCCUCUUUUCCUCAUUCCCCUCUAGGGCCGGGGGCUCCAAAAGCAGCUGCUCCUCGCCCCUGCCCCCGGCUCUAGGGUCUCCAGGGCCGCGGGGAGCUUCCCUUCGGACCCCUGCCCACUGCCCCACCCGGGGCCGGAGGGGAGCCGAAGGACGCGUUGUGGAGAGCUGGGAUGCACUUUGUGGAAGCUGUACUUUCGUGUCGUGUUUGUGUUUCUGUUGCACAGAUCUGUCCUCGCCUGACGUGUCAGUGGUAUUUAAUGUCCCCUUUGGGGAGUGUGCGCACAAGAGUGGGCAGAGGGCAGAGUGAGCUGGGCCGUGCGUGACCGGCUCAGCCCCACUGCCCGGGCCUAGACCACGGAUGCACCUGUCCUUCAGUCUCCUCCCAGCUGGCCCCAAACUGGGGGUGGGGGGGGGCCCACCUGCCACUGACCAGAGGACUCUGACCCACCGUGCCAUGACCCUCCGUCCGGUGUCGCCGGGCGCCCUCUGUGCUUAGGUGGCAGGGGGGUGCCUGUUGGUGUCAGACAGGUUUUCACCAAGAAGACAAUAUUCAAAAGACCUUCCAUCCCAACUCACUCGAGUACCCAACUCGGAAAACAGGAACAAGGCAGCACUCUAGAACUGGCUCCUCAGCUUGGCCUAGCUGUCUUCAGACCUUAAAACAUAAACGUACUGCAGACGCUUAAUUGUCCCGUGAGCCCCCUUUUUUUUUCUCAGCACCACAGGCAAUAAAAAGGUGGGGACAGAUUCAGGUACCUGAUUUCCCACAAAGCCCUCUUAGGCGUUUCUCAGAUUCCUCAAUAGGAAGUGCUUUUUCCCCGAGGCUCAAAAGACUUCCACCCACAUUUUGCUUGAGAUCAAAACUACGUUAUCUGUUAUUAGAAAUUUAGGGAAAACUGGGGAGCCCUGAGUCUCAGGUUCCUAGAAAUCCAUGAUAAUCCUUGUGUUUUCUGUUUGCUGCACGGGCACCGCCCUGUCCCUCAGCUGCCCGGGCCUCCGGCUUGGGCUUGGUUCCAUGUUGGUUUGCUUGAAGCCCACCUGUUCUGAUGGAGGGAGGGAGAAGGCAGAGAAACAGCUGGGAGGCGUGGCCGGUCUGUGUCCUCCAUGUGUGCGGCUCUAUUACACCCACCAGUUACACCCACGUGUGCAGCCUGAGCUCAGUCCCGCGCCUCCACGGGGGUCCAUAUGCUCGCGCCACACCUGCUCCGCUGAACCCGCUCUACUUGAAUGUCCCUAAAAUACUCCCACUUCCUCAGCCUGCAAAACUAGUAGGUGAUACUUGAAACCCUUCAACAGGAGGUCAGCCUGGAGAAACUGAUACCAUAUUUUCGACUGAACUUUCCAAAGUCUUAAGUGAAAGAAUGGCUUCAUAUAAACGGCAGUCGGUGUGUGAAUGAAGGUGUGAUGACUCUUCAUUCACUUGGAGAGGGUCCCUCCACCAGUGACGAAAGGCCUUUAAGGAUUUGCACAAGUCUUGUGACUGCCCAAGGCAUUACCCAGCCGUCCCCACUCUCACCUAUAGCCCGACCCCUCCAGGUCGUUAAAAACCACAGACUUGGUAGUGAGGAAACCCAGCCUGGAUCUCAAGCCUCCAGACCCACCGCCAAGCGGUCGUUUCGCGGGGACGCCUCCGGUCUCGCUGCACCCUGGCGGCCCCCACUUUAAAAGAAACACGUGACUCGCCCCCCUGCCCCCAUCCAGGGUGAGAGCUUUGCCAGGUGCCCCCCACUCCCCCCACCAUGUCAGACUGGGCAAGAGUGAGGUUUCACCUCUACCCCCAGGUCAGGCCGUCCGUGGUGUCAAACCAGCUGUGUGUGUGACGCCGUUUGGAAGAGCGUUAGGCCUGCGGGCGGUCACAGUGCUUGAUGUGACCGGUGUUGUCCUUCCGUGGCCCUCCCGCGCGCGGGGCUCCGCUUUGCGCGUCUCCAGGAGCCAUGGGGGCCCCCAGCGGCGAGGAGACGGCCAUGAUGGGGCCCCUCGGCGCGCUCCGGGCGCCGCCGCACAGAGGCGCCCUCCCCAGCCCCGGCCGCGCAGCACCGUGCGUCCCAGCGCGCGUCCGUGUUUACAGGGCUUGCUCGUGUCCACACUUCCUAUUUUAUGUUUGAGAUGGGCGCCACUCUACGAUAUUUAUUACGCUUUCCAGACUUUCUGAAUAGAUUUUUUAAAUAAACAUGGGUUUUAUGAAGUGUAA